GGCUGGCCGCGCGGGAGAUUUGAACGUCCUCUCUGCAGAGUCCAGUGCCCGCGCAGAGGUUGUUACUCAUGAGAUUUCUCCUAGCGGCCCUGAAACUAGUGGGCCGCAGUUCCGCCUGGAGAGAUGGUGGAAGGACCAGGUUGUACUCUAAAUGGAGAGAAAAUUCGAGCGCGGGUCCGCCCGGGCCAGGCGGUGACGGACGUGCAGGGAAGCGCUCUGCAGAGCCUUGGGGUGCCUGGCUUUCCUCACGCAGCCUCUGUGGCUGCUUUCUCUUCCCAGGCUACACAGAAUAAUAAUAAAGACUCCAGCCAGAAUUCUUUGAGACUGUUUAAUGGACACCUUUACAGUGGCGUGGAAACUUUGGGGAAAGAGCUUUUUAUGUACUUUGGGCCGAAAGCUUUACGGAUUCAUUUUGGAAUGAAAGGCUCCAUCAUGAUUAAUCCACUUGAGUAUAAAAAUAAAAAUAGAAAUUCUCCUGUGUUGAAAGUGCAGCUCACCAAGGAUUUGAUUUGUUUCUUCGACUCAUCGGUAGAACUCAGAAACUCAACAGAAAGCCAGCAGAGGAUAAGAAUGAUGGAAGAAUUAGAUGUAUGUUCACCUAAAUUUAGUUUCUCAAGUGCGGAAAGGGAAGUUAAAAAGCAGACAGGACGGAUGCUCUGUGAUGUGUUAAUGGAUCAAAAAGUGUUGCCUGGGGUGGGCAACAUCAUCAAAAACGAAGCCCUCUUUGACAGUGGUCUCCACCCAGCAAUUAAAGUUUGUCAGUUAACAGAUGAACAGAUCCAUCACCUUGUGAAAAUGAUACAUGAUUUCAGCAUUCUUUUUUACAGGUGUCGUAAAGCAGGAUCGACUGUCUCUAAACACUUUAAGGUUUACAAGCGCCCUAAUUGUGGUCGGUGCUGCUGCAAAAUAACCGUGUGUCGCUUAGGGGAGAAUAACAGAAUGACAUACUUUUGUCCUCACUGUCAAAAGGAAAAUCCUCAACAUGUUGACGUACGGAAGCUGCCAACCAGAAACACUACAAUCAGCUGGACAUCUAGCAGCGGAGAUCAUGUAAAUGAAGUAGCUCGGAGAUGUGAAGAACAGUGGACGUGUUUGGUCUGUACACUGAUAAAUAGACCUUCUUCUAAGGCGUGUGAUGCUUGCCUGACUGCAAGGCCUAUAGAUUCAACACUAGAGAAUGCAGAAAGUUCUAUUGCCUGUAACAACUUAGUGAAGUAUCCUUAUAAUAGCUUUGGAAAACCAAGUACAGAAAUAAAGAUCAACAGGAAAACUGCAUUUGGAGCUACAACCCUCGUCUUGACCGAUUUUAGCAAUAAAUCUAUUACUUCGAAAAGAAAAAAAAGCCAAAACCAGACACCAAAUGGAGAAUUUCAGAACUCUUCUCCCACUAACGUUGGUUUUAGUGAUACACCAGACCCCUUAGAGGAGAGAGCAAACAAUAUGGCUCAACCAUCUAACACAGUAAACCUAUCACCCAUGGUCUGUUCUCAGUCUAAAUUAUGUAGUUCAGCAUAUAAAAAACUGAAAAGAACCCAUUACUCAUCACCAGGUCUUGAAAGUUGCAACCCGGGACUCUCUAACAGUGAACUUCAAAUUAAUAUGACAGAUGGUACUUGUACAUUAACUGCUCACAGCCCUCGCUGCAGUAAACACAACCGUCUCUGCGUUCUCCGAGUUGUGAGGAAGGAUGGCGAAAACAAGGGCAGGCAGUUUUACGCUUGUCCUCUACCUAGAGAAGCACAAUGUGGAUUUUUUGAAUGGGCAGAUCUGUCCUUCCCAUUCUGCAACCAUGGCAAACGCUCCAUCAUGAGAACAGUGUUGAAGAUUGGACCUAAUAAUGGAAAGAAUUUUUUUGCGUGUCCUCUUGAGUCAGUAUGAAGCAGCAUGGCCAGAACUCUGGGAGAAAACCCACAGGCUUUCUGGCCUGAAGAGCCAGCAGGCAGCUUGGGAAACCCAGCCACUGGAAAGAGGGAAUUCUCAAAAAGCAUUCCAAAAGGAAGAGUCCCAAGUUCUGUGUUUAAACUGCUUGUGUCUUGACUGACCCCUGAACCACACACACAUGGGUGGGAUAGACUGAACACAAAGCAGCCAGAGAAAGGAACUGAACCCAGAUUUGACCCGCUGUCCCCAAAAUUCACAGUUUGAAUCCAACCAAAUUAAUUGCCAAGACAAAAACAUUGACACUCUAGAGGAAUAUACCAAAUCCAGUCUCUACCACAUUAUAUCCACAACAUUCAGGAGUCAUAGCAAAUUAUGCAAUGUAAGAAAAACCAAAAUAAUGUGGCCCAAUUUCAGAGAAAAGACAAACAACCAAACCCCACCCCAAGAUGACCAAGAUGUUGGAAUUAGCAAACAAGGAUUUUAAAGCAGCUACUAUAGCUAUGUUCAUUGAAGUAAAUGGUAAAGGGAAAUGGUAGCAGACUGAAAAUCAAAUCUUCAAGAAUGCUAGUUAUAACAGAGCUAAGUAUGUAGGUGUAACACCUAUUACCAGAUUUGGAAGUUUUCAACCACUAUUUCUUCAAACAUUUUCUCAGUCUCACACUCUUCCUCCACUCCUUAUGAAAGUCCAGUGAUACAAUAUUAGAUCAUUAGAUCGUUAUUGUCCUACAGAUCCCGAAACUCUAUUCAUUUUUCCCCUCCCCCACCUCUCUCUAGUUCAGAUUGAGUAAAUUUUAUUGAUCUGCCUUUACAUUCACUGCUGACUUCUCUGUCAUCUUCACUCUACUAUUGAGACCAUCUAGCCUUUUUUUUAAAUUUUAUUGUUUGUAUUUUUCAGUCCUAUAAUCAACACCUGUUU